GUAUUUUCGUCCCUUAAAAAGACAUUUUACAGAACCUAGGUUUUUUGGCGAACGGAUAUAAAAGCUCAGGAGAACCUAAAUUGGAGUCUCUCUCUCUCUCUCGCUCUUCUUUUCGGUGCUUUGAUCAUUAAAAUUUGGGGGCUGUGAAACAAUCCGCAAAGAUGCAGAACGAUGAGGGAAAAAACAUGGAUCUUUACAUCCCCAGGAAGUGUUCUGCCACGAACAGGCUGAUCACUUCGAAGGAUCAUGCAUCUGUCCAGAUUAAUGUUGGGCAUUUGGACGAGGCUGGUUGUUACUCUGCUCAAUUCUCUACUUUUGCUCUCUGUGGUUUUAUCCGAGCACAGGGAGAUGCUGACAGCGCUCUUGAUCGGCUCUGGCAGAAAAAGAAAGUUGAAGUGCGGCAGUAAUUGACAUUGCUAUUCGGAAUUGGCUCUUUGGGCAAUUUGCCGUUGAGAUUCCAUUUUGAUUUCACUAAGUUUUUAUAUUAUGUACUGAUUGAAUUUAGAGUUUUUGAAUUAAAAUUUUGAAAGACUCUGCAUCUUACGAAUCUCUUUCGGGUUGCGGAUUUAAUGACAUUGUUUUAACUCUUCCAA